AUGUCUGUUAAUAAUUUUGAAUUUCUGUCCAGUGAUGACAUUCCGGAUAAUGAGGAUGGCGAUCAUUAUGAAAACGAUGAAAAUGAGAGAUUCGAAAACAUUGUUGAAAACAUUGGUGAAAAUAGUGAGCAAACCAAUCCACAGGCCGAAAAUGAACUGCACAAUGACUCAUCUUCGGAAGAUGAUAUCGAUCUCAUAAAACUGGAUUCUUUAUCCAAGAUACAAGCCGAAAUCGU